ACCCUGGAAUCACGAAUAGGAAAACAGCCAUCAACCACAUGCUUCUUGUACGUGCACUCAUGUGAAGAAAGUCAACUUUGCCGGGACGGUGGCAUGGAAGUCAUACGUACCUGCAAUGCAGACAAGCUCUGUUUAAGACAACAAGGAAAUACAAAACUAGCCCAAAUACAGCCUUUGUGCACCAAUGGAGAGGUUCUGAAUAUAGCGAAUGGAAAAUGCGAAAAUCUACACACAUUGAGACGACUACGGUGCCUUGGUACCACCCCGACAGGCGUUAAGUGUCAGAGACGAAGAGGUCCUUGCACGUCAUAUAGUCGUUGCCAAAAGCCAGGACUGGCAGUCACAGAAGGCAGGCAAGGGCUGCCUGGCCCCGUCUUGGGGUGCGAUUCUUUCUACGACUGUACCUCCAAGCAUCGACCAGAGGCGACAGGGAAUCAGUUUAAAGUUUGUCUUCCGGGAGAAACAUUUUCGUCAGAUUACUUAACCUGCUUACACAUCCCUCAUAAUGGAUCUACUUGUAUUGACCCGGGACCCUACAACAGUAAUGCAAACUUUCUUAUCCUUGAGUACUUAAAUAAAUGGGAUAAAAUAUCAAAUAAAGGCCCGGAACAAAGCGUCGGUAUUGAUGGCCAUGAUAUUUUGCCAGAGGACCAAACAACAGCGGGGACGAUGAUACAGGAAAAUACUGGCAGACCAGGAAAACCAGGCCCUCAUGGCAUACCAGGACGCCCGGGGACUGAUGGCAGACCAGGACGCCCGGGGACUGAUGGCAGACCAGAACGCCCGGGGACUGAUGGCAGACCAGAACGCCCGGGGACUGAUGGCAGACCAGGACGCCCGGGGACUGAUGGCAGACCAGGACGCCCGGGGACUGAUGGCAGACCAGGACGCCCGGGGACUCAUGGCAGACCAGGGCGACCAGGAACUGAUGACAGACCUGAUACUGGAGGCAGACCAGGACGACCGGGAACUGAUGACAGACCAGGACGACCGGGGGCUAAUGACAAAACUGGAAGACCAGAUGCUGAUAGCAGACCAGGGAGACCAAGUACCAGUGACAGACCAGUACGACCUGUCACACCAGGGAGACCGAGUACUAAUGGCAGACCUGGACAACCUGAUACUGAAGGCAGACCAGGAAGACCAGGAAGACCAGAUAUUGAUGGUAGACCAGGAAGACCUGAUAGCGAUGGCAAACCAGGACGACCUGAUACUGAUGGCAGACCAGGACGACCUGAUACUGAUGGCAGACCAGGACAACCUGAUACUGAUGGCAGACCAGGACGACCAGAUAGCGAUGGCAAACCAGGACGACCUGAUAGCGAUGGCAAACCAGGACGACCUGAUAGCGAUGGCCGUCCUGGACGACCUGAUACUGAUGGCAAACCAGGACGACCUGAUAGCGAUGGCCGUCCAGGACGACCUGAUAUCGACGGCCGUCCAGGACGACCAGAUAGCGAUGGAAAACCAGGACUACCUGAUAGCGAUGGCCGUCCUGGACGACCUGAUACUGAUGGCAAACCAGGACGACCAGAUAGCGAUGGCAAUCCAGGACGACCUGAUAGCGAUGGCCGUCCAGGACGACCUGAUAGUGAUGGCAAACCAGGACGACCUGAUAUAGAUGGCCGUCCUGGACGACCUGAUAGUGAUGGCAAACCAGGACAACCUGAUAGCGAUGGCCGUCCUGGACGACCUGAUAGUGAUGGCCAUCCAGGACGACCUGAUACUGACGGAAAACCAGGACGACCUGAUAGCGAUGGCCGUCCAGGACGACCUGAUAGUGAUGGCAAACCAGGACGACCUGAUACUGACGGAAAACCAGGACGACCUGAUAGUGAUGGCCGUCCAGGACGACCUGAUACUGAUGGCAAGCCAGGAAGACCUGAUACUGAUGGCCGUCCAGGACGACCUGAUAGUGAUGGCAAACCAGGACGACCAGAUAGCGAUGGCAAACCAUUACGACCUGUUAGCGAUGGUCGUCCUGGACGACCUGAUACUGAUGGCAAACCAGGACGACCUGAGAGCGAUGGCCGUCCUGGGCGACCUGAUAGUGAUGGCAAACCAGGACGACCAGAUAGUGAUGGCAAACCAGAACGACGUGGUAGCGAUGGCCGUCCAGGACGACCUGAUACUGAUGGCAAACCAGGACGACCAGAUAGCGAUGGCAAUCCAGGACGACCUGAUAGCGAUGGCCGUCCAGGACGACCUGAUACUGAUGGCAAACCAGGACGACCAGAUAGCGAUGGCAAUCCAGGACGACCUGAUAGCGAUGGCCGCCCAAGACGACCUGAUAUUGAUGGCAGACCAGGACGUCUUGAUACUGAUGGGAGACCAUCAAAACCUGAUAUAACAGGAAGACCUGGUCGGCCUGAUGCUGGUGGACGACCACGUGCAACGGACGAAGGGUCAGUUUCUGGUGGCAGACCACUUCCUGAGGCUAGACCAAUUUCGGUAAGUAGAACCGUUUCAAGUGGCAAACCAAUCGGUAACGCGGGUUGGCCUAUCAGAUCAGGUCUACAGGCGGCGGCUACGAGACUGGACGCUCUACGGCCUCAACAACUGACGCGCCUUUCUUCCACGAGUGAGCAACAAACCGGGUUAGAUCCAAUGCUUCUACCAGUAAGCGGUCACGUUGAGCCGAACAACAGCAAACGACAGAUGGUUGAAUAUGCCCCUUAUUCACUGUCCUUGGAAAUCCUUGAUUCGCCUGCAAAUGUCGAGGUUAAUUAUCUAGGCGUCAAAGAUGCGCCACCACAGCAAAAAGUUUCCUUGACCCGAGUUGGUAAUGGCGAUGUUCGGGCAAAAACUCGCUCAAAAUUGCCUGGAGGUCCCGUCUCCAUUGGUGAUUCGUGGAAAAUUUUUGAAAGAAAUAGAUUGAAAAUCAAUGAUCACGAAUUUUCAGGAAACACUCAACUGCCUAUAAAUUGGUUCAAAAUCUACAACAAAUACAACCAACAAGCAGAAGGUUCCAUCACUGACAAUAUCUAUUCCGAAAUAUAUCAAUCAAAUGAUCGAAACGGCGCUGAAGAAGAAAGUCUCCCUGUAGAACAACGACCGAGUAACUCACUUUCACUCGUCAGAGAUUCAGCCAUAAGCAGCAAAAAUCAAAGAUUCCUGUCUAGCCCAAGAAACAGCAAAAUGAAUCCAACUACCGCAAAAAUGAACGAUGUUCUGGAGAAUUUCGGGUGUCAAUCCAUCGGCGAUCGGCCUACGGCAAAUGGACACCGAAAUGUGAACUGCACCAUUAAAUCAAUUUGCAACGAUGAAGGAAUUCAAAUAGAAGAAUUGGUCGGGUGUGAGACUUACCUGGAGUGCGUGGCGACGAAGGACGGUUCUCUGCAACUGGCGGAACUGCCGUGUUCAAAUGCACGUCAUUUCUACAGCUACAAGCAUGGCAUGUGUGGAGACGAGUCAACGUUUGGAGGUGAGGCUUGCCAUGAGCAGGGAUCUUCUCUUCACGAGAGAUGUACAUCUCACGGUCACAUCCCCUCCCUGACUACCGCUGGCAGGAAGCGUCUGUGUCGUACACAAGCUCCGUGCUACGUACAGCGUGAGGGGAGAGAGCUGUGUCGCCAGUACUACCAGUGCUACACGUCAGAGGGGCGCGAGGGUAGAAAGUUCUUCAGUUCACGUCUAAAGUCUUGCCCUCGCGGCCACCUCUUCAGCUACCAACUCAUGGCCUGCGUCGAGCCUCAAACAGGUCGAUGCUGACGAGAGGGAUCACUGCCCCCCUACACUGUGAACGCCCCCCUACCUUAUGGUCCUAUUUACACGGGACUGGGGGGAGCAACGCCCCCCCACGGCUCUGACAGUUGCACGGAACUUGGGGGACCAACGCUACGGUCCUGCCAUUUGCACGGGUUAGCUCUGUGCAAACAAGUUACGCACUGAAAUAUUAUUACGGAUUAUUAAAUAUUAAUUCGUUAUCACGGUUAAAUUUUUUGUCAGGGGUAUCGUGAAAGAUUGGGUUAUGAUCUGGUAACAGUUUCGUCGGUCAUGAACUACAAUGAAAUAUUCAUGUAUUAUUUGAAAUACGGAAUUGCGUUUCGUUCAAUAACAGAACUGCAUAGAACAAAUUAAUUUGUAUUAACAUGAGUAAAGGAUGUCCAAGUUUCAUCAGCUUUAUGAUUUUUAAAGAAAAUUCCAGGACAAAUUUCGCAGCUUUUGUAGCUCCGGGGUCUUCAUGAAUCAUACGAUCUGUAUAGCAGAGGUCGUGUAUAGUUCUUAUUGCAAUGGCAAGGAAUAAUUAAGUUGUAUGCCUUCUCUUACUUAUUUUAGGUGAGAUGCAAUGAAAUUGUAAUGCAUAA